GGUGACGUCAGCAGCCCCGUGACUGCCGCUGACUUCCGCUGGGGAGAGAAGGGCUGGCAGCGGCGGAGGAAGCGGAGAGCAGAGGGCCCGGCGGAUAACGACACCGGCCCGGGGACACAAACAGACGCUCGUCAUCCACCCAUCGCUGAUCUUGAAAGAUGACGUCCAGAAAGAAAGUGCUUCUCAAGGUCAUCAUCCUGGGGGAUUCUGGAGUUGGGAAAACUUCUCUCAUGAACCAGUAUGUUAAUAAGAAGUUUACUAACCAGUACAAGGCCACGAUCGGCGCGGAUUUCCUGACCAAGGAGGUGAUGGUGGAUGACCGAUUGGUGACAAUGCAGAUAUGGGACACGGCCGGACAGGAGCGUUUCCAGUCGCUUGGCGUGGCUUUCUACCGAGGGGCCGACUGCUGCGUCCUGGUCUUUGAUGUGACUGCACCGAAUACUUUCAAAACCCUGGACAGUUGGAGAGAUGAGUUCCUUAUCCAGGCCAGCCCACGGGACCCGGAGAACUUCCCAUUUGUUGUUCUGGGAAAUAAGAUAGAUCUUGAAAACAGACAAGUCACCACAAAGCGAGCACAGGUGUGGUGCCACAGCAAAAAUAACAUACCGUACUUUGAAACGAGCGCUAAGGAGGCCAUAAACGUGGAGCAGGCUUUUCAGACCAUUGCACGGAAUGCACUUAAACAGGAAACAGAGGUAGAGCUGUACAAUGAAUUCCCAGAGCCCAUUAAACUGGAUAAGAAUGACCGAGCAAAGACCUCUGCGGAGAGCUGCAGCUGCUGAGAGAGGAGAGGCGAUCCAGGAGCCCUUCACUAACCGAUAUCACACUUAGGCCUUCAAACACGAGACCCUCUCCCUUCCCUGCCCAGAGUGUAAGCGCCUGCACCCUCUCCAGCUCCCAGGCACUGAAAAACCACCACCACCUGUACUAUAAAGCAGAACACCCGUCGUUCUCAUCACCCCAGUUCCCCCGUGGACUAUGCGCCCGUGUUGGGUUAACCCUGCUCUUACCAAGUUGUCUGCAAUAAGUAGCAUUGCAGUCUGCUUUGGGUGCUAAGCGGUUAACGUUUAAUACAUACAAUUUAAACAACUUUGAUUUUUGUGUCUUGUGGAGAGACAGGUUUUGUUUUUCUUUCUUUUUUUUUUUUUCUUUUUACAGUUGAGUAUAAUUAACCUAUUACAAGAUGAGAAAUAAACCUUUUAAUCAUUUCGGCGUCCCGUUGAAGGCCCUAACCAGACAGGCUGCCUAUCCUGUAGUGCUUUGCCCGUUCCACAUCCAGUCUCUACUAGGUUUUUGAGUUUUGUAUGUACCUCUGUUAAUGCUUAAUUACUUUUAACUAAUCAGAACUUUUUACAGACUCCAUUUAUUAUGUAUUGCUGCUUUAGAAAAAAAGAAAAAAAAAGUCCGAAUCUUAUAGUACAUGUUAAUAUAUGCAACCAAUUAAAAUGUAUAAAUUAGUGGAUUUUUAUUUUUUUGCCCUUUUUUUGAUUUAUGUAUUGAAGCACAGGUUAUUUAGAUUGUAAAAUAAGGACAUGUAUUACGUGCUUGGCCUACAAACGUUAAGACAACAGAUAAACGCAGCUUUUGGCACUGUAGGAGCAAAGUUUUGGUGAAUAGACUUGCACCAGUCUCCUGUUCUGUGGAAGCAGGCUGAUUAUUUAGCCCGUUGGCUCACAAGGCGCUAGUAGUGGCUCAGGGAUGUCACUAGUUCCUGGUCAACCGGUUUGGCUGCGUUAGCAUUAAUAUUCACAAGUGUCCGCUUCCACCGUAGGCAACUGGCACAGUUUUAAAGAGACUCGUUCAUUUCAUUAUACAAGCUGUCUUGUUUAGCUCCAUGACUGCAGUUAGAUCUGUAACUAUUAUGCGCAUAAUGGACUUUAAUGUAUGGUUAAGUACAGGUAUUAAGUCAUUUUAUUCUUUCCUCUUUAUAUAAUGCUGUCAUGUCUACAGGGGAUACUUGCUAAGCUCUUAUUUCGGGGGGUGGGUUUCCCUGGUUAUCCGAUAGGAUUUGAGUGCUCUUUCCAAAUCUGGGGUUGUGGUGUUACUUUCCCUCCUUCCCUGGCAGGUAAUGUAGAGACCCCCCCUCCCUUCCCCAUUCUCCCCCGUAGACCCUGUGCUGCGGAUCAGACUCCCAUUGGUAUGAAAUCCCCUUGGCAGUUUAGCUACCCCCAUGUCUGUCCUUGCGUUUGUAGCUUGCUUCCAUAUAGUUCUUCUACCUUCUUUUUUGUUUUCUAUAUUUUUGUUAUUUUGUAUUUUUUGUUUCUUUCUUCCAGGCAGUCUACAUGCUACUGUGUAGGCUGGGUUCUUCUGUAAAGAUGAAAAUGAUGCCAAUAAACUUAACAAGAAAAGA